AACCGGAGCGCCUCCAGCCGGCGCCUGGGACAGGACCGGCCGCUCCGCCCCCUGGCUCCUGCGCGGCUCCACUGACGGGCGCCGGGCGCGCAGCAGAGAGUGGAGCUGCGCACCGCGCACCCCUUGCCGGCCGCGGCUGCCGCAACGCAACCUCCCGCUGGUCGUCUGGCUCAGGCCUCAAUGAGGAGCCCAAACAUGGAGACGUUCAAACAGCAGAAGGUGGAGGACUUCUACGACAUAGGAGAGGAGCUGGGGAGCGGUCAGUUCGCCAUCGUGAAGAAGUGCCGGGAGAAGAGCACGGGGCUCGAGUACGCAGCCAAGUUCAUCAAGAAGCGGCAGAGCCGGGCCAGCCGGCGGGGCGUGUGCCGGGAGGAGAUCGAGCGGGAAGUGAGCAUCCUGCGGCAGGUGCUGCACCCCAACAUCAUCACGCUGCACGACGUCUACGAGAACCGCACCGACGUGGUGCUCAUCCUAGAGCUAGUGUCUGGAGGAGAGCUCUUUGACUUCCUGGCCCAGAAGGAGUCGCUGAGUGAGGAGGAGGCCACCAGCUUCAUUAAGCAGAUCCUGGAUGGGGUGCACUACCUUCACACAAAGAAAAUUGCUCACUUUGAUCUCAAGCCAGAAAAUAUUAUGUUGCUAGACAAGAAUACUCCCAUUCCACACAUCAAACUCAUUGACUUUGGCCUGGCUCACGAAAUCGAAGAUGGAGUUGAAUUCAAGAACAUUUUUGGGACGCCGGAAUUUGUUGCUCCAGAGAUUGUGAACUAUGAGCCCCUGGGCCUGGAAGCCGACAUGUGGAGCAUUGGCGUCAUCACCUACAUCCUCCUAAGCGGAGCAUCCCCUUUCCUGGGUGACACGAAGCAGGAGACGCUGUCCAACAUCACAGCAGUGAGUUACGACUUCGACGAGGAGUUCUUCAGCCAGACCAGCGAGCUGGCCAAGGACUUCAUUCGGAAGCUUCUGGUUAAAGAGACCCGGAAGCGGCUCACCAUCCAAGAGGCGCUCUCUCACCCCUGGAUCACGUCGGGAGGAGAAGCCAGCGCCCCCGAACAGCGGGAGACGGAGCCCCCCCAGCUGAAGACCAAGCGCCUGCGGGAGUACACCCUCAAAUGCCACUCAAGCAUGCCCCCCAACAACACCUAUGUCAACUUCGAGCGUUUUGCCCGUGUGGUGGAGGACAUGGCACGGGUGGAUGAGGGGUGCCGCGCCCUGGCAGGGGCCCACGACACACUCCAGGACGACGUGGAGACGCUGAUCUCCAUCUACAACGAGAAGGAGGCUUGGUACCGAGAGGAGAAUGAGAGCGCCCGGCACGACCUGUCCCAGCUCAGGUACGAGUUCCGCAAGGUGGAGUCCUUGAAGAAGCUCCUGCGAGAGGACCUCCAGGCCACCAGCGCCAGCCUCGGGGGCGUGGCCCGGAAGCUGGAGCGCGUGCAGGAGCAGUUCGGGGCCCUGAGGCGGGAGCUGUCCGCGGACCUACAGUGGAUGCAGGAAGUGGUGAACGGCUUCCAGCUGGAGGGUGGGCGCACAGAUGGCCUGGGCUCCGUGUUCCACGGGGACGCGAGCGAAUCUCUGUCGGAGCUGCUCAGCAGAGUCUGCAGUGAGGAAGUCCUGGGCACCGUGCAGCUCUGAGCCCCAGGAUCCGGCCGGCAAUGCCCCCUGAUGGCUUGCACAUGUGUGUGCUCACCCACCUGCGGAGCUGUGUGUCUGCUGCAGGGCCUCUCGCCUGCUCCACGGACCCCAGGACUGCUGAGGCGCUGGCUCCUGAUUCACGACGCACAACCCUGCACCCACCCACCCAGUUUCCUCGGAGAGUGCUGGAGAGGCAGCCACGCUGGGAAAGCCCCCCAUGCUCCCCUUCUCCGAGGGAGGAAAAUUAACGUGAGAUAACGGAUUUGUUCACUUCUCACUUCCCGCCUCCCUCCGCGAAUCUGAGUGAGGUCUUGGACCACAUUUGAUGAACUAAGCCAGCAGGGCGACUUGCUGCUGCAGAAUAGGGGUGUGAAAUGCACAGAGAAAAUAAUAUUCUCUUUCAUGUGCACUGACUUUUCUCUUCUCAAGCCCUUAGGCCUGUGACCUCGCCUGAUCCUUAAAAGAAUUCUCUGAGGCGAGGGGAUGAGUGGUGCCGUUAUUAUUAUUAUUAUUAUUAUUUCUAUGUAAUGGAUGAAGAACUUAGAAAGAUUCUAACAACUUAGAACCUUUCACAGCUAGUUGAAUCUAAUGAACAGAAACCAAGGAUGGUGCCGGCGCUGUGGCAUAGCGAGUAAAGCCACUGCUUGCAGUUCUGGCAUCCCAUAUGGGUCCUGGCUGCUCCACUUCCGAUCCAGCUCUCUGCUAUGGCCUGGGAAAGCAGUAGAAGAUGGCCCAAGUGCUUGGGCCCCUGCACCCAUGUGGGAGACUCGGAGGAAGCUCCUGGCUUCUGGCUUCAGAUCAGCCUAGCUCCACCCAUUGUGGCCAUUUGAGGAGUGAACCAGCAAAUGGAAGAUUCUCUCUCUCUCUCUGCCUGUGUCUCUCUGUAACUCUGCCUUUCCAAUAAAUAAAUAAAUCUUAAAAAAAAAAAAAAGAAAAGAAACCCAGGAUGCCCGUCUCUAAGAUGUUUUAAAGAAGAUUUAUUUGUUUGAAAGGCAGAAUUACAGAGAGAGAGAGAAAAAAAAAAAACAGAGCGAGAGAGAGAAAGCUUCCACCUGCUGGUGCAGUCCCUAGAUGGCCACAGUGGCCAGGGUUGGGCCAGGAGCCAGAAGCUUCAUCUGGGUCUCCCACGCGUGGGCCGUCUUCUGCUCUUCCCAGGAAGCCAGGCCGCGGGUGCUUGUGCAGGUGCGGCUUCUCAAUCUGUGAUCCAGCGAACCUCAUGUAGAGAAUGUGAGGUCCAGCAGUCAGGCUGGUGGCCGCGGAUGGCUGCCCUUCCCGGAGCACCUGCCUCCGCCGGAGGCCGGCAGUGAAGAUACAACGCCACGGACUGGGAGGCGCCCCCUGAUGUCAGAGAAAUGGGAAUGUGGAUCUUGGAACCAGUGAAAGACGGCGAAGCAGCCCCAUUCCUAAGCUCUGCCUGAGAGAACUGGUGCCAGUGAGCUGUCUGCCAUCGCUCCCAGGGCUCACCUGUGCUGUCACGGACGUCGUCAACUUGCUUGGCGCACACACUGCAAAUACGAGAGGUCCCCUGACUGUGUCAACACUUCCUCCCCUGCCGACCAGGAGGGGGAGCCGCCAACUGAGCAGUGCAGGGCCAACUUUCUUGUGCAGCUCAAAAUAAAAAUGCAAUAAAAGGG